AUGGCAGAUCCGCCACCCCUGGUCCUGUGCAUGGAUAAUAUUAAUGGUGAUGAAGUAACUUUAAAAAUUGAUCCACAUGAUGACUUUCGGCUAUUUUUUGACAAAGCCAAAUCACAAUUAGGUUUUGAUAUUGAUUUAAAUUCAAUCACCGGCAAUCAACCAGUAUCUCUAGAUGAUAAUAUAUAUCAGUUCUUUCUUAAUAAUCAGCAAAAUGUAAGUAGACACAUUUCUGACAGUUAUAUUCAAUCAGGAUAUAGUGAUAUAGAAAAAGAAAACGACGAUUUAGUAUACGUUCUAGAUGACGGUACUCAAAUAAACGCAACUCAAAUUCAAUUCGACAACGAAGACCCUUUAAUUGAUUUAACUGCUGAAAAAAUCCCUUUCAUCAAGUACACAGAUGAUCCAGUCGAAGAAAUUGAUUUUAAUGACAAUAUCAGUAUCAAAGACUUUCACAUCGAUAGCCCAGUAUCGCGUUGGUCUAGCAGAAAUUCCAGCCCGACAAGAGCCAAAAGCUUUAUUAAUAGCCUACCUUUUAAGUCUAUAUGCAAUAACACAUCUAAUUAUGAAUUACAAUUUAGAAAAUAUUUAGAAUCCAAUACUAAAACUUAUGCAGUAUUAAACUCAGUUAAUGGAGCCGCAUCACCGACAACGAUUAUUAAAGACAACUACAAAAAAUAUGAAGAUAAUCAAAAAGAUGUUUUUACAAGAGAGGAUAUAUUAAACAUGUUUAAAGAUUCGCCUGUGACGCAUCUACCCUAUGAUAAAUCUAUUAAUUAUGAUAAACGAAAGCAUUCCAGAAAAUCUGACCCAUCCAGAAUCGUGCAAAAAAACUGGUAUAAAUCCAAUUUAGAUGCAGGCCCAAAUCAGGACUGUUGUAUCUGUGGAAAGAUAAUCCGUAAUAAUUAUGAGAAAAUGUAUUUAUUCGAUAAUGAAGAUCAAAGGAUUCACAGAUGUUCACCUCAAAAACGAACGUCGGUACAGCUAAAAAUUAUCUGUGAACAGUGUCUAGAAGACCAUUUCAAAUUGUGUCUGGUUAAAAGUCCGAACGAAUCUCUUAAUAGCGACGAAUAUUUGGUAAUAAAAAAUAACCAACAGUACAUUUUUCAAAAUAUAACCGACAUUGAUUUGAAAAAGAAAUUCUCGGAUCAAAACAAAGACAAACCACUAAAGACAGAAUUAAAUGGCGGAAAGGAAAGUUCUAGUGACGUAGAGAUUAUAGAACCGGAAACAGAACUCGAUAAAGCGAUAGAUAACGUAGAUGAGGCAGAUGAAGAAGUUAAAGAAUUCUUGGGAAAAUAUCAAACUAAGCAUUUAGCGGAAUUAAAGUGCCGCUUUUGUGACAAAAUUUUUGUGGAUUUACCAGAAGUGAUGGAUCACUGUGAAGAGCAUAAACAUGAUUUAGACGAGGAAGCCGUAUUUCCUUGUCCAUUGUGUGAUUAUGGUUACGCGAACUUAAAGUGGUUAAAGGGACAUGUGAAGACAGCGCACGAACCACCUAAAGAAAGCAAAGAUGCACAAAAUGAGGAUAAGAAGAGUUAUGAUGUUACAUCAAAAACGUCUUCACCGGUCGCAACACGGACUAGAAGUUCUGCGAAAAAGAGCGAUGACGUGGGACAAGAUGAAAACGAAGAAAACAAGGUUAUAGAAGGAAACGUGGCCCCAAUGCAAUUAGAGACAAUAGUAAAACAAGAGACCUUAGAUAGUGAUGAUGAAGACAUAUGGAUCGUUCACACUGGUGAAGACGUUGAUGAACAGUUGCAGAGUCUGUUGAAAUUUAAUGAAGUUAAGAAUGAAAAAGUUCAGUUAUCACAGAAGGUUAAUGAGUUGAUUAAGCAUAAGUGUUUUAAUUGUAGCCGUAUAUUCCCAAACGCAGAAACCCUAAACACUCAUAAAUGUAGGAAGAGAGGGAGAAAGAGAAAAUCUCCGACUGAUACUGUUCUUUGCGUGCCUUCUAAAGAGGACUUUUUUAAACGGGCGCAAGGAAGGCCAAAACAAACAAAUGAUGAUAGUUUAUUGAAAAUCCGUAAAAAGCGUAGUCGGUCAGGUAGUCCUCAAAUUGUCACUUGUCACAACUGUAAUGAGUCCUUUUCAUCAAAAGUCAGGCUCAAGUUUCAUAUGCAAUUCCACGAAAAAAGCGCUCUUCAAACCGAAGAUGGUAUGUACAAAUGUAACGAAUGUAAGAAUACGACGUUUUUAACAGAAACAGAAUUAUUUGACCAUAUACAUUUUCAACAUAGUAAACAGAAAAGGUGGCAGUGCCCUGUUAAAGACUGUGGAAAGACGUUCUUUUUGAGAGCGACAUUAACAAAACACAGUCGCACGCACACAGACACACGCCGCUACGUAUGUGUGACAUGUGGAAAGCGAUUCCUUGAUAAGCAGACAUUAGAUGAGCACGGAGUCACACAUUUACAGAUAAAACCAUUCCAAUGCCACAUAUGUCUGAAACAGUUGACUCGAAGAUCUCGCUUACGUAUGCAUUUACGAGCGCAUGAGGAGGAGUUAUGCCCAAAACUCGUAUUGGUCUGUGGCAUUUGUUCUCGUGCUUUUAGGGACCAUACAGAUGCACAGGAGCACUUAACAAAAUCAAGUGAAUGUAUUGAGACAUUUGCCAACGACAUAAAGCGGGAUGAACCCAGCGAACGACUAUCUCCCACAAGUGGACUUGUGACGCAGGCUGUCAAAACUGAAUCCACUCUUAGCAAGCCAAUACCAAGAGAAGUGAGUCAAGAAGAGAGUCAGCCCCUGCUCAAAGAGUUGGAUGAGUCGAGCAACGCCAUCAUACGAGUUGUCAGAAUUGAAAAGGCUUUUCGGUGUGAAUAUUGUGAAGACGUGUUCUAUUUGGAAGGCGCUCUAAACUCGCACAGAAUCCAGCACAAGGGUGUUAAAAAUCCGUUCGUUUGUCACGUCUGCAAAGUCAGCUUCGCUACAUAUUCCAGGUGUACAACCCAUAAGACAACACAUGGGUUUUACAAAAGGAAUUUAACUGAUGGUAAAAAAGAGGAAAGCGCAAGCAGUGCUGGGAUUUUGGGAUAUGGUGGAUUUCCUGUUGUCAAACACUUUUUGUGUGAGGACUGUGGUCGCUCCUACCUGCACUGGACGUAUUUACAAGUACAUCGCCGCUUGAAGCAUGCCAACGAAAACUUUUUAUUUAAGUGUAACCAAUGUGAAUUGACCUUUCCUAACAGCUGGAGCGUUGCAUAUCAUAGAAAGAAAAUACACGGAAAAACCGCACAUGAAGAUGGCGGGACCACGAAAAUAGCCAGACAAGAUUAUUAUAGAAUACCAUGCCGAGAUUGUGACCAAGUUUUGCCAAAUAAAUUUGAACUUUACAAACAUAGACAAAAGGAACAUUGUGAUGAGGCGUUGGAUGAUUACGAAGAAAUGAUCAAGGAUUCAACAAUAUGUCCAAAAUGUGGACACAACUUGCACAAUGUCAAUGCGCUCCAAAAACAUUUAAAAGAAGUACACGGUAUACAAAAUGAUUCGGUUCGCAACGAACCCAUUCGUUCUCUGAACGUUCUUAGACGCCCGCCAAUGCGUCGUACUUUUAACUGUCCGCGGUGCCCUGGUAGGUUCCGUCAAGUGUCAGAAUUACAAGCGCACUUACGACUCAAGCAUCCCUCUUUUACUAUUGUUAUUGAGUUAGAAAACACAAGCCUAACACGCGAAGAUGUACUGAAGCAAUUAUCUCUACAUAACAUACCACGAGAAAGCGUCUCCGAAACGUACUACAUAUCCGUUCCUAUGGGUAUCCCACACAUAAUUCCAAAUUCACCGCAGGCACUGGAAAUGCUAAGCAAUUCAUUUCCAAGGACUGAUGUCAUUCUUGAUAAACCUAAUGAAGGUAUAUAA